AUGGGAAAUUGCAUGCAGAGAGGCCACAGAAGGCGAGAGGAAGAGGCCGAGCAGCAGCAGCAACAAGAAGAGGAGUUUGUGAAAGAGAGCGUGGAUUUCGUUGAAGGAGGCGGCGGUGGGUUGAAGGUGAAGAUCGUUCUGACGAAGGAGGAGCUGCAGUGGCUGAUGAGUCAACUGAAGAGCGAUGAAGGGAAAAGAUUAGAGGAUGUUUUGGCUGAAAUUAGGAGAGGAAGAGGAAAAGAUGAAGCUUGGAAACCUUCCCUAGAGAGUAUCAUAGAGGGCCAUGAAGCUCUUGAGAUUGAUAGAUGA